UGCUCUAACGCUGAAUUUUAAGCAUCUCUAAAAAUGCUUGAUAUGUUCUUCUUCUUUCCAGAUAUCCUCUGAGAGCCAAGCAAAGAGCAUUAAGGAAGACAGGAGGGAUGGUGCUGAAUUCAGUCCACUGAAAAACCACGCACUUCAAGGCGAGGUCCCCACUGCCCAGAGCCUGGACUGUGUCACCAGAAUGAGAACUUACUGGUACUUCUUGCUACUCUUUUGGGUUGGUCAGCCCUACCCAACUUUCUCAACUCCUUUAUCUAAGAGGACUAGUGGUUUCCCGGCCAAGAAAAGGGCACUGGAGCUCUCUGGAAGCAGCAGGAAUGAGCUGAACCGUUCAAAAAGGAGCUGGAUGUGGAAUCAGUUCUUUCUCCUGGAGGAGUACACGGGAACCGGUUAUCAGUACGUGGGCAAGUUACAUUCAGACCAGGAUAAAGGUGAUGGGUCACUGAAGUACAUCCUUUCAGGAGAUGGAGCGGGAGAUCUCUUCAUUAUCAAUGAAAACACAGGGGAUAUACAGGCCACCAGACGGCUGGACAGGGAAGAAAAGCCCGUUUACAUCCUUAGGGCUCAAGCUGUCAACAGAAAGACGGGGAAACCCGUGGAGCCUGAGUCUGAAUUCGUCAUCAAGAUCCACGACAUCAACGACAAUGAGCCGAUAUUCACCAAGGAGGUCUACACGGCCACCGUUCCCGAAAUGUCUGACGUCGGCACAGUGGUUGUCCAAGUCACUGCAACCGAUGCCGAUGAUCCGACGUACGGGAACAGCGCUAAAGUUGUCUACAGCAUCCUGCAGGGGCAGCCCUAUUUUUCAGUUGAGUCAGAAACAGGAAUCAUCAAGACAGCUCUGCACAACAUGGACCGAGAAAACAAGGAGCACUACCAAGUGGUGAUUCAAGCCAAGGAUAUGGCCGGCCAGAUGGGGGGACUAUCUGGGACCACGACAGUGAACAUCACGCUGACCGACGUCAACGACAACCCGCCCCGGUUUCCCCAGAGUACAUACCAGUUUAACACCCCUGAAUCUUCUCCACCGGGUACACCAGUUGGCAAGAUCAAAGCCAGUGAUGCCGACGUGGGCGAAAAUGCGGCCAUUGUAUACAGCAUUACAGAGGGAGAGGGGCUGGACAUGUUUGACGUCACCACUGACCAGCAAACCCAGGAGGGGAUUAUAACUGUCAAAAAGCUCUUGGACUUUGAGAAGAAGAACCUGUACACCCUCAAGGUGGAGGCCUCCAACCCUCACGUCGAGUCCCGCUUCCUCCACCUGGGCCCCUUCAAGGACUCGGCCACGCUGCGAAUCUCGGUGCAGGACGCCGACGAGCCCCCGGUCUUCGGGAAGCCCGCCUACGUCCUGCAGGUCAGAGAGGACGCGCCGGUCAACGCCACCGUGGGCGCGGUGGCCGCGCGGGACCCCGACGCCGCGCGGAACCCCGUCAGGUACUCUGUCGAUCGACACACAGAUCUGGACAGGAUAUUCAACAUUCAUUCUGGAAAUGGUUCCAUUUUUACAUCAAAACUUCUUGACCGAGAAACAUUGCUAUGGCACAACAUUACAGUGAUAGCAACGGAGAUCAAUAAUCCAAAGCAGAGCAGCCGAGUACCUCUCUAUAUUAAAGUUCUAGACGUCAAUGACAACGCCCCAGAAUUUGCUGAAUUUUAUGAAACCUUUGUCUGUGAAAAAGCAAAAGCGGAUGAGUUGAUUCAGACCCUCCGAGCUGUUGACAAGGAUGACCCUCACAACGGUCACCAGUUCUCCUUCUCUCUGGCCCCAGAAGCAGCCAGCGGCUCAAACUUUACCAUUCAGGACAACAAAGACAACACAGCGGGACUCUUAACUCGGAAAAAUGGCUAUAAUAGACACGAGAUGAGCACCUACUUCCUGCCUGUGGUCAUUUCAGACAACGACUACCCAGUCCAAAGCAGCACUGGGACAGUGACUGUCCGGGUCUGUGCAUGUGACCACCAGGGGAACAUGCAGUCCUGCCACGCGGAGGCCCUCGUCCACACCACGGGACUGAGCACGGGGGCCCUGGUGGCCAUCCUUCUGUGCAUCAUGAUCCUACUAGUGACAGUGGUGCUGUUUGCAGCUCUGAGGCGGCAGCGGAAAAAAGAACCUUUGAUCAUCUCCAAAGAGGACAUCAGAGACAAUGUUGUCAGUUACAACGACGAAGGCGGCGGAGAGGAGGACACCCAGGCCUUUGAUAUCGGCACCCUGCGGAACCCCGAAGCCAUAGAGGACAGCAAGUUACGCAGGGACAUUGUGCCCGAAGCCCUUUUUCUACCCCGACGGACUCCAGCAGCCCGAGAUAACACCGACGUCCGAGAUUUCAUUAACCAAAGGCUGAAGGAGAAUGACUCGGACCCCACGGCCCCGCCCUACGACUCCUUGGCCACCUACGCCUACGAGGGCACCGGCUCGGUGGCCGAUUCCCUGAGCUCGCUGGAGUCGGUGACCACGGAUGGAGACCAAGACUAUGAUUACCUUAGUGACUGGGGGCCUAGGUUCAAAAAGCUCGCAGACAUGUACGGAGGGGUGGACAGUGACAGGGACUCCUAAUGUGUUGCCUUUUUCAUUUUCCGAUAGGACACUGGCCUAGGCGAGGUGGCUCUUUCUUUCUAUUUAUCCACUGCUCCCUGGAGGGCUCUCUGUCCCGCCCGUUCCGAAAGUCAGUGGCUGCGGUCGGGUGGAUCCAACGUUAGAGACUUUUUUCUAAUACACUUUUAUGAGCUUCCAAGAGGCAAAUGUUUAUUUUUUAGUGCAUCCAGUUAACCGUGUGGGCCCGGCAGGCACCUGCUGGAGGAGAGGGCGCAGAGCAGUCCCAGUAGCAUUCCCCUGGGCUCUGAGGGCCAGUUCGGACCACUCUCGGCCCCACUGGCCUGGCCUUUUGUGCUCCACUGACUCAGGCCAGCUGACUGCUCCAACUCUGCCUUUCACAUGCUAAUGGGAGGAGGGGGUGUCCUUUAACCGUAUAGCAUAGUUUUAGUAAGAGAAAUGAGGGAGGAACGACCGCCAAGUUGUCCCUGGUGUGUCAGUCACAAGGAGACAGUGAACUCUAUCUGGCUGUAUAUUUCUGUCACAGAGAAUUGAAAACGAUAUUUGGCCAUCCAGUUUGUUCAAGAACUUUUUCUGGCACCAAUGACUAUUCUAAGUGUGAUGCCCGCCAAUGUUUUGAGAUUCUCACUCCUCUAAAGGAGUAGAAGCAAAUUAAAUAGCAACAUCCAAAAACUAAUAAUAAGACCUCAUUCCUUUCCCCUAACUCAUAGUUCGUUACAUAUUAGACAUGUAAAAGUUUGCCCUUGUACCAUAUGAGGGAAAGAGGGAAAUAGCCAAUAAUGUUAACAAAGGAAAUAUUUAACGUAUUUUGAAAUCUGGGCCGCCAAAUGUACCACAGAUCACUUGAAAUUAUUUCAGCCGUCAGUAGAUUAAUGACAAAGAAGUCUAACUGUUUAAAAGUUCUUGAAGGAACUUUUCUGAGAUAAAUUUUAACUCCUUGUCUGUAGUUGUUGUCAGUAUUAUUCUAAUAUAUACUUGAAAGUAGCAGUGUGAAAGUACAAUAAUUCAUGUUCUUCAGAUACUUCUUACUCAAUUAAGUUGCAUUAGUAAAGGUAGAUUAAAUAAAACUUAAAUCCCGCUCUCGGAGUUUAAUGGGGUGGUAAGAGCCAGCCACACUUGAACCUGAUACCCUGUCCUUCACAUCCGGAAACACCUAUAUAUUUAUAUAACAUGACAGAUAUAGACAAAAGUUGAAAUCAUGGUGAAAACCUACAUAUGACAUGCUUGGAAGACGCUUGAAAAGGGUAAAUUGGAUUCCCUACAACAAGAGUGUUUAAGAUUGUAAUUAAAAUGAUAGUUGACUUUCAAAAGCAUUACUAUUUUUUCAUUGUUUUUAACUUUGUUUCCAUGGUAACUCUGCUAUCUUUGUCUUUGAACUAAUGAUAAAGGAAUGGUCUCAAACUAUGACAGAAAAGUAAUGUACAAUCCAUCCAAUCUAUUAUUUCUCUAAUUAUGCAAUUAGCAUCAUAGCUAUUAUCCAGAAGACCUAACUGAACUGAACUGUUCCUUUUGGCAGGUUCAAAUAAUUUAUUUCAUACGGCUGUUCUAAUGACUUUUAUCAUUAGAAUCUUCAUGUGCGGUCAUCAGAAAUUUCCAAAGUACUGUAAUGAAAACAUCCUUAUUUUGAAAACCUAAAAGAUACAGGCUCUGUAUAUAUAUGUACUUAAGAAUAUGCUGACUUCAAUUAUUAGUCUUAGAGAUUUAUUUUCAAUUACUGUUAAUUUUAUAAAGAUAAUCUUAGUGUCAUAUCCAUUCGGGGGUAAUGUCAUAUCAGUACAUGUUUUCUAUUUGGAAACGCACUGUCGUCUAGUUAAAUUUUAAAUAGACGUAUUACCCAGGAAGUAAAGAUGGCACCUUUAAAAUAAGAGCAAUGUAGUGUUUUGGAUUACCCACUUAGAGUGAAAAAACAUUACGACCAUAUUAUUCCUUGUGUUUCCUGAAUGUUUUCCUAUUUUGUAAAGUACUUCCUUGUAUACUAACAAGUAUUUCAAGCUUGGGUUAUUUCCUGCUUUUAUGGUUUUCUUUUGCUAGUUACACACACACACACACACACACACACACACACACACACAGAGGAAUGCAAACAAAAUACUACAGGAUGGCUUCACUGUAAUGAAUCAAUACAUAUCACAGUCACAGGUAAGUACUGGGAAAAGAUAGCUUAGUAAAGAUAAUAAGAACUAGUUAUUUAUAGCAAUAGAACAGCACCUUAAUCACACAACUUACUGUAAAAUUAAAAGAGCUCCUAUCCUUAUGUUUCAUGUCCUAUAACAAAGUGAAUCAAGAAAGUCCUGUAAAAAGAAAGCUAUCAUCAGAAGUCUUCCUUUUGAACUUGUGGCAUUAACUGGAAAGCCUGAGGGUUGACACUAGCAACUUCCAGUAUUUAAGGGUAAGACCUAUUCUCAUAAGUGAAAGGAAGUGGUUCUGUAGUGGGAUAUUUGAGAUGUAAUUGGCAGGAUAGUUUAUCCCAUCCUCAAGGGGAUAUAAUGUACCAAGAACAGGUUAAUAAUGACUAAAUGUUGAAGUAACUGUUUAAUCUCUUACCACAAAAACUGAUGAUGAAGCGAAUCUCUAAGAAAUUGGAUAAUUUGAGACUGGAGCUGAAUAUUUAGCAGCAGGGUCCUGUAGGUAUCAAGGUAGAGUAAUAUCCUCCUAUAAUUAAGACCCCUUGGCAUUAUGGAAACAGUAAGAAUCACAAUUCCACUAUUCUGCCCGGGUCUAACUUUCUUCCCAUCAAGAUAAUCAGGUCAAGGACCAAGGUCAACACAAAUGAUUACUAGAGAAAGAAAAUUAGUUUUCAGCUCAUUUUUCACAUUGUCUCUGUCCUGAUAUUACAUGUUAGUGAUGAGAAGUAUGGAAAGUGAGAAGAGGUAAAAUUUUAGUAUUUGCUUUAAUCAUUGACAAAUGAAAAUUUAGUAAAUAUAAGCAGAUUGCUUUUAUGGGUUGUUUCAGGAACUUUGAGGCCUUUCUGAGGCUUUCCCUGCUCUAUUCAAAGCGGAGAAUUUCUUUAAACCACAAGAUGUUCACUGAAAUUUUAAAACCAUUCAGCCAUUGUGCAUAAAUUUAAAGCCCCUUCACGUCAUGGCUACUUUCUGCUGAAAAGCCUAGGAAAUAUUUGCCCCCAAGUAAAAACCUAAAUCUAAUGGGGGAGAAAAGGAAAAUAUGGCUUCAUAGAACCGUAAGAAAGGGGAUCUGGGCACAUUAAUAUUUUUUUACAGAGCUUUUCUUAGCUUUAAGGUUUAGGUGCAUAAAGGGAAAUUGAGAUACAAAUUGACUCCAUUUUCUAUUCAAUUUUAACUCACUAUAAAAAUCUGUGGAUGUGUUUUCAUUUUCAGUUCCAAAAAAGUGGUGCAAAAAGCUCUUAAAAGUUGAAUCUUUGUCUUAGAAGCAUCCAAAUUUUAUGGAUCCAAAUUAACUUUAGGAUUUUUCCAUUAUUUUCAUUAUCAAGUACAUAAAUUUUAGAUCUCCUGUUUUGCUGAACAGUACCUUACAUCAAAUUUUUUGCCUUGAAAUGCGUAUUUUAUUGGAGAUGAUAACGUAUAAACUAUGAUUGAGCAUUCCUCAAUUCUGUAUACUUGAUAACCAAAAAAAAGACUAUGCAGUUGAAAGGAAAGAACAAAGUUGAAUCCUGAGAACAAACUACAUUUAAAUCGGGUACAGCUAAAUGUACUCUCCCCAGGAAAUUCACCACCGAGUAAAUUAUUGUAUCCUAGUCACUCAUUUUGAAGUGGUGUAAUUACUUUGGAAGAACACUCUAAAUAGUCAUGAUCCCCACUAUUUUGAAAGGUAUCCUCUGAAAAGGAUCAUUUUAGUGUAAUUUUGUCUUCUGUGUUUUUAUCUAGAUGAAAUCUUUUUUGAAUUGUGACAGGGGAUGAAAAAUCUCAGCAGUCUGCUGUGUUUACAUUAACACUACAAGUCGGGCUGCUUUAUCAGAUUGUAAGAGCGGAGAGCUCAAGAUGCUGUGUGUGGAUCUUCAGGAAGAUGAACUAUCUCGUAAGGUCUGACAAGCAGCCCUCUUUUCCAGACAAUAGAGGAUUCCCGUAUGGUCCCCUUAAAAGUUCAGCGCUAUUACAGUUGCAGCAUUUUGAAUCUCCCUCUGGCAUCUUUAUGGAAUAAUUUUCUAAAGGGAUAAUUCUCUACUAAAAUAUAUCAGACCCCAACCAUAUUUAAUUUGCAGAGCAAUACCCUCUUAGAAAAGAAAUACACUGACUCGCACGCUUGUUAAAAGUUAAUAAAGAAAUAGCUCAUUUUUAAAGCCACAAGUUUAUGGUCUCUGCAUCGUCAAUUUAAUUUAAGCAUUGCUGAGACAAUCUUUAAUCUACUCCCCAUUUUGUAAUACCUUAUUUAUGAUGCAUUUUCAUUUUUUAAUUUGGGGGAAACAUUAGCGCGACAGAGCUGGCAGAUAAAAGUGCCGAAAGGAGGUCAGAUGGAAAGAGAGCCUUUUACCCAUGUAUCUCAGACGGGACCGAGGCACUUAGCUGAAGAGCCACUGGGUUAUUAGAUUAAUUUCAAAAGAGCUUUUACAAGUUACUUAAUUCUAUUUUUUUUGAAAACCCAUGGACCACAAAUUCAAAUUUCUCCUCAAAUGGGGUUAAUUUGACAAAUGAGGCAUGGGCCCAGCCAGCAUUGUGGAAAAAGCAUCCCACUGUAAUGAGGUCUUGGUCUUUCUUGUGAGACUGCGCUCUUCAUGUAAAUAUGUCUAGAGGCACCUUCUAUAAGCUUUUAGUUUUCUAUGAUCUAUUAGUUUAGUGUUUAUUAAGGCAUCAAAUGUAUAGAAUUACGAGGCAUCCAGGGGGAAUGCUGUGCAGCCAACGUAAAAGUGAUCUUCUCGGAAGAAACACAGGAACGCUUCCAAGCCACUGUACUGUUUUGUUUGUGAUUAUUUCCAUUGCUUUGAAAGUAAACUGCGUAAGAAUGGGCCUUAUAAUAAAUGCUACAUGCGUCUUCAGUAGUAUCAAGCUAAGGCAAUUUGGUAUUCUCCUACUGUGAUUUGUGAUUUUUCAACCCAGAAAAAUCAAAGCUUUGGGGUAUUGAUUGUUUUUAAUUAAAAAUACUCCCAAGUACAAAUUGAAGCUGAUGCCACCCUUGAAGAUUUACUGGCUGGAGUGCUCAGUUCAUAUCGGUUUUCUCGGUAUUGCCUGUGUCUUCAGCAAUGAGAACACCUGACGGAAACCAUUGCUGCUCAGCUCUCAUCAACAUUUCUAGUUAGGGAGAUUUUCAGACUUCACAGGUUACAUGAGAAAGUUUUCUGUGUUCGAAGAAAGUGGGUUGAGACAAUUACCUUCUAGUUCAAUGUGGCUGGGCCUUUUGCUGUAGUCCACUGGCAAGUACACGCUCCUUGAAAUGGCUUCUUUUAUUUCCCUUUGUUUUCUUAGACGUAUACAUUUGAAAAGAAUGCAAUUUAAAAAGUGAUUUCUCACAAAGAGUAAAUAUGCCUUUUGCAAAUCAAUUUUUGUAACAAGUUAUUUAUAUGAUAUUACUUAAUAAACUGUUUUUUCUAACUUG